UAUUGGCGAAGAGGUGUCACGACUUGUGCCAUAUAUUGCACUCAAAUCGCAGGCAUUGGAGACAUAAUUGAGUGAAUGAUUCAGUGUUUCAUUGCGUCUGAAAAUCAGUGAAAGUAAUCAUCACUUCAUUUGAACCAAAGAGUGAAACACUCGUCCAAACACUUGUUCACCGCUUCCUCUUCUUCUCCUUUGGAUCCGUUUCAACAUAUUUUUGAAUUGAGUGCUGAAAACGAGCGGACAAUCGGCGACACAAAUGGCAGACAAUAAGUUGUAUGACAUCUUAGGGGUCAAUAGAAACGCUUCCGUCAAUGAAAUCAAAAAGCAAUACCGCAAACUGGCGAAGACAUACCAUCCCGACAAGAAUCAGGAUCAGACAGAGGCCGAGAAGUUCAAAGAGAUUUCUUACGCCUACGAAGUGCUGUCGGAUCCGAACAAGAAGGAGGUGUACGACCGCUACGGACUCAAAGGAUUACAAGAGGGCGGCGGUGGCGGCGGCUUCUCUUCGGCUGAAGACAUUUUCUCGCAAAUGUUUGGCGGCGGAGGACUGUUCGGUGGUUUGGGAGGAUUCGGAGGAAUGGGCGGCGGUCGGAGGCGUCGACGAGGAGAGGAUACCAUUCAUCCAUUGAAAGUAUCGCUCGAAGACCUUUACAACGGAAAAGUAUCUAAACUUCAAUUAAGCCGUAAUGUGUUGUGUAAAGCGUGCGACGGGUUGGGAGGAAAGCCGGGCUCUCGCGUGAAGUGCGUCGGUUGUAAGGGUCAGGGCAUGAAAGUUCAUUUGCGACAAUUAGGCCCCGGAAUGCUUCAACAAAUGCAAAAGCAAUGCGACGACUGCGGAGGUCAGGGAGAAGUGGUGAACGAGAGGGACCGGUGCCGCACAUGCAAUGGAAAGCGCGUCACGAAUGAGACUAAAAUACUCGAAGUGAAUGUCGACAAAGGGAUGAGAGACGAACAGAAAGUGACCUUCAGAGGCGAAGGAGACCAACAGCCAGACAUCGAGACGGGAGACGUGAUUAUUAUCCUUCAACAGAAACCUCACGAAAAGUUUCAACGAAACGGAAAUGACUUAUUUCUGCCGCUAACCAUCUCUUUGACUGAAGCGUUGUGUGGAUUCGCGUAUACUCUGAAGCAUUUGGACGGACGGCUUAUCCUAAUUCGUAGUAAACCCGGAGAAGUGAUAGUUCCCGGAGCUGUCAAAGGAGUUAAAGGCGAGGGAAUGCCUAUCUAUAGGAAUCCCUUUGAAAAAGGAAAUCUUUAUAUCAAAUUUAAUGUGGAAUUUCCGGAAAACCAUUUCAUAAAUGAGGCACAACUCAAACAAUUCGAAGCCAUUCUUCCGCAACGUAUUAACGCCAUUGAUAUCGACCUCAACGACGAACACACCGAAGAAGUAGAUCUCCACGACUACGACCCGUCUAACGACCGCAGCAAUGGUCGCAGCGAAGCCUAUGAUAGCGAUGAUGAUGGAGAUGGAGCUCGAGGUCCGGGAGGUAUUCAAUGCGCCAGUCAUUAGAUCUAAUGAAUUGGUCGUUAAAUAAAAUUUAGAUUAGAUUUAAUUUUUCAAAACAAAUUUUCAAUUUAUUAUUAAAAUUAUUCAAUUGAUUAAAACCUUUAAAUAAAUAUUUUUCACAAAUUAUACAAUUUCUUGUAUUAAGGCAUUCCUCCAAACCAUUAGUUUAUCACUUUAUAAACGAUUUCUUCAACUUUUAUACAUAUAAUUAGUUUUAAUUAUUGAAACGAAUUGUUAAAAUGAUUGCUCUUUUUAAUUAUAAUCCUCGAAAAGAAUAGUCUUUUAUUUAAUUCAUUUAAACAUUAAUUGGAUUUUUAAUUUUUUCUGCUUUUGUGAAAUUUCAUACGAAUCUAAGUUUCAUACGAUUCUUGACAAAUAAAAUGUGUAAAAAGCAAGAAAUUGUGUAUUGGAUUAGACGUCCAACAAUUGCCUCUUUGUUUGAUUUGCAUUUUCUGAUUGUGUAAAAAAUGUUAAUUAAUAUUUACAGAAAACUAGAUUUGAUUUAAAUAAAAUUUAUAUCCAAUUUAUAAUUGAAAUUAUAUUAAUUAUCAAAUAAAUCGUGUAUUAAACAAAACAAAUGAUUGUUUAUUUAAUAUAAAUAAAACUUAAUACCGUAUAAACUUUAUUAUAAUUUUUAUGUAUAAACGAGUGG